AAUCAAGCAUCUGCUACCGCUGUCCCUCCUCCCCUCCGUCUCCACAACAUAUCCGAGACUCCGGUUGUGUUUCUUCUUCCUUUUCCCCCUGUUGCCUCCCCCGGACACGCCUCUCCCUGCCUGUCACCCGGCGCUGUGCGUAUCGCUCCUGGUCCGCCGUGUACCAGCGCCCCUCCCCUCGGCCGGUCCCCUGUCCUCCUGCCUUGCCCCGCCUGCAACCCCCUCUCGGUGCGCGUGUGUGUGUGUGUGUGUGUGUGUGUGUGUGUGUGCGUUCGCGCGCGCGUGUGUGUAUGGGUGCUGCCUGUGCUGCAUGCCGCGUGGGUGCCUGCCCUGUCAGCUUGAUUUCUUUCCCCAACCAUGGCCCUUGACUUGGGCGGUGUCCCCCGCCGGGCCGGCCGCCCGGCCGACGGGCAACUCAUGCGCGCGGCCGGCCUGGCCUUGCUCGUGUGGAGCUGCCUCGCGCUGUCGGUCACGGCCAUCGGCCCUGCUGCCGGCGCCACAGACCCCACCGACCUGGAGGGGCCCUCACCUCUGACCACCCUCUCGAGCGCCCUGUCCCCGGAGGAGCUGGCCGAGCUGACCCAGAAGAUUCGCGGAACCUACGCCGGGGAUGUUCACUACUCCAUCCGGCCGGUGGCCAAUGAGCGGCACAAUUUGGAGCUUGCCCGGUCCGGCGUGUACCACGUCGAGAAGGGCCGCGGAUACAUGCUCCCCGGGCCAUAUGGCUUCUGUCGAUCCAAUGACCUGUGCUACCUGCCGGACGCCCCGGCGAGUCGCUGCUACUCGCAGUUCUAUCCCGAGCUGGCUCUCGGGCCCACCCCCUACCCGGUUCCCACCGGGACAACGGACGCCGGGCCGACCAUGCCCAAUGACGACCUUCUCCCCUUCUGGGCCGAGGGCCGGGCCUUCCCACGGCAGUUCGACCCGGCCACCGAGACCACCGACCUCCGGCCAGCCGGCGACACGACUGAUGCCACGGCUGCCAUGGAGCCCUCCAGCCAAUUCCACUACCCCCGCUGUAGCUCCUCCAUGGCCGACUUCAACUCCUACAACAUGACCUACCAGGCACGGCUAUACCUGAUGGACCUCGACCAUCGGGGAUACGAUCGCCUGGUGGGGCCGCAGUGGGGCACAGAGCGGGCCAUCUGCGAGGCCCUCUUCUCGGAUCUCUGCUACAUUGUCAUGUGGGUACAGAACAUUCGUGCUGGCUUCACAUGCAACAAUGCCAAUGCUCUGUACAAGCGCCGAACCGUGAAGCCACCCUGUCGGAACUUCUGCCACCGGGUCAUCAACAGCUCGGCCACUUGCCACGGCUUCCGGCGAGCGGUCCUUCGCCCAGGCGAAACGACAACCCUCUACUGCUCCAUGCUGCCGCCGGUCAACUGCUACAAUGCGGCUGUGUCGCGGCGCAUCCCGACCGGUCGGUCUGCCUUCCAAAUGGCCCUGGUGGCCCUCUUGGCAGUGGCGGCUCUGCAGUUGCUCCUUUGAGGGGGAGUCGGAUGCAUGCGCACCCUCCUGGCAGGUCCGGGCGGGAGUCCUGCACAAUAUACCCCUCCCCUCCUCGGGACACGGCGAGCAAGGAAUGGGGGCUUGGAAAAGGCCCCACAGGGAGGAGGGGGAGCA